UUGGUGCAGACAUGGGCCGUGUCAGCGGUGCUGCUGAACGUGAUGGGGCACGGCAUGGUUCUCAGCUUCCCCUCGGUUCUGCUGCCGGGGCUGAAGGCUGGUGACUCCGUCAUCACCACUGAUCCCGACACCAUGUCGUGGCUUGCAUCUGUGGUAGGAUUGGCGACCUUCCCCGGCUACCUGUUCUCCGCGUGGUGCAUGGACGUGUGGGGCCGGAAGGUGACGCAGGCGCUGGUCGUGCUGCUGGGCGCGCUGGGCUGGCUGCUGGUCUGCCUGGCGGCGGACGUGCCCGCGCUCAUGGCCGGCAGGAUCCUCGGCGGCGUCGGCUACGGCGCCAGCACCAUCCUGGGUGUCAUUGUCAUUGCAGAAUACACUAGCCCUAAACUUCGGGGAAUAUUCCUUAGUCUCAAGAUUGCAUCAGCCUUUUCAGGCAAUACUUUUGUUCACUUUGUAGGUCACUAUUAUUCCUGGAAAACUGUGGCGAUAUUUGGGUUAACCUUUCAUAUCAUAGCGUUUGUCAUAGUAUGCACUUGGCCGGAAAGUCCGGUCUGGUUAGCGGUCAGUAAAAAUUUCGAUCAGAGUGAAAAAAUGUGGAUGUGGCUGAGAGGCGACGGUGCAAAAUCAGUAAUAGAAUUUCACCGUAUGAUCAGAGCUCAAAAGCUGAGGCUUGCUGAAAUACAUGAGAAGCCCGGCCUCAACACGCACGUGAUAAACUUUCUGCAGAAGUUCACUAAAAAGGAUUUUCUUAAACCUUUGAUCAUAGUAUUCUUCGCCGUGAUGUUGAAAGAGGCGUGCGGGAAGCACAUUUUUCCAGCCUACGCCUUACAAAUAACUGAAGACAUCACGGGAGAUAAGUCCAGUUCGUUUUAUUAUACGUUGGCGAUAGAUCUGACAAUAACAUUGAGUGCGGCAUUUUCUUCCGCGCUCGCUCGCCUGAUGAAUCGUCGAACCCUGCUGUUCGCCACGGGCGGAGCUGCCUGUCUCAUUCUGACAGGCAUCUGUAGCUACCUCUAUCUGUCUGCUAUCGACGUGAUAUCAAGAGACCGGGCCUGGCUGCCCAUCUCGAUGUUCAUGCUGUACUUUGUUUUAACUAACUUAGGAUGUACUGUGAUACCUUUGGCUUUGCUGGGGGAGGUGUUUCCCGUUGCGCACAAAGCGGCAGGCUCAGCUAUGUCCGGGCUGGCGAUGUCUGUGUGUCUCGUGGUGGUGUUGAAGGUGACCCCGGCGUUGCUGGUGGCUGUGAAGGUGUACGGGACGUUCGGCAUCUACGGCGCGACGAUGGCGGGCUGCCUGCUGGUGCUGUACUUCACCCUUCCGGAGACGAAGGACCGGACUUUGCAGGAGAUCGAGGAUUACUUUAAUCAUGGAAGGUUUAUUAGCGAUGGGAAAAUUCACGAGAAUGGCGAAGAUACUUACCUCUGA